UCCCAUCUGAGAUAAACAUGUUUAUGUUCCUAUCAAUCUGCCUAACUUCACUUGCUCUUUCAGAGGGCCUCUCUGAAAUGACGAUUGACUCCGCAAUGUCUAUAGCUGGAAUGAAAGUGCUUGUGGAUUGGGAGGGUUUUUUCAUCAGCGAGAUGGAGAGCUACACAGCAGCCCUGAAGAAUAAAAUCGAUAUAAUAGAGAGUUUCCUGCAAGAAGUGCAAUCCAAGCGAGAGAUAUCCAGGAGGAACCCAGAAGAGUUCGUUGCUCAUCCCCUGAACGCAUUUUCCCUUAUUCGACGACUACACGAGGACUGGACCCAGGUUGAGCUAGUAAUGUUGAAUCAAGUUGGCUUGGCAAACCUUCAAUCCAUUGAAAAUGGCUUGGACGUAGCACAGCCAACCGAUAAGGAUCUCAAUGAUGCCAUCAAUGGAAUCAUUUCACUCCAAGAAUUCUACAACCUACAGCCUGACGAAAUAGCCAAUGGUGUACUAAUGGGGCAACAAUACAAUGCCAGUUUAACCACACUUAAUUGCAUGGCUAUGGCCAACGCGUGUGAGAGUUUUGAUUUCGAUAACUAUGCUCUAAAAUGGUAUAAAUCUGCUGUGGAGCACUACAAUGACGAUCGAGAUGGCCGAGUCUACAGGGAAGUAUUUGGUUUUAGCCUGUUUGACUUAUACAAAAACUACACCUCCGUUUUGAUAAGCAAUGGUUUUCGGAAAACCGCAUUGAAUCUUCUCCGGGACGUAUCUGAUUUAGAUGCUAAUCUCUGGUCGAUUCGCAAAGACGUUUAUGAGAUGGGGAAAAUUGAUGUUCCUGAUCCCACGUUUCCCAUACCACCAUGGUUCGAUGUCACUGGUUGCCUAAGAGUUUCGCGUACCAGGCAACAUCAUAGCUGUCACUACGAAAAGAGCACGUCAGAUUUCCUUAGGAUUGCUCCUCUGAAAGUUGAAACACUUAGUUUAAAGCCGCAUAUAGUUUUGUAUCAUGAUGUAAUCUAUGACAGCGAGAUCUCAAAAGUCCAAAAUAUUUCACUGCCUUCACUAAAGAGCCCCUUGCGAAUUCUUCACGCUGAAGACCAUAACCUAAAGCUGGCCAAAAUUCGUGAGGACUAUCACAGCCCUCUAAACCUACGAAUAAAGGACAUGACGGGAGAGGACGUGAAAGAGGACACCGAUUUUCAGAUAGACAACUAUGGUAUCUGUGGGUUUAGGUAUUAUCAUACUGACAACUUAGAAUCGCAGGAUCAAACGGUCGAAUUGGGCGAUCGCUUAACGAGCAUUAUGUUUUUCAUGAACGAUGUGGCUCAAGGUGGUGCCUUUGUUUUUCCAAACUUAAACCUCACAAUUUGGCCCCAGAAAGGCAGCGCUUUGGUUUGGCGAAACCUGGAUCAUAGAAUGCAGCCUAACGAUCUUUUGCACAGGUCAUGUCCAGUUAUAGUUGGCUCAAAAUGGACCCUCACCAAAUGGUUACACGAAAGACCGCAAAUGUUCUCCAGACCUUGUAAAAUAUGAGGAAACCGAAAUCGCAUGACCAAAGCAUGAAAUUCAAAGCGUUAAAUAAAUAAUUUUGCCCCAGUCCGAA